ACCGCCGUCGGGAGAGGACUGUCGCUCCAACCUCUCUCGAGCCGAAAGUCUUGCUUGUCACCCGAUUUAUUGACUUUUUCCUCUUCUCAAUCUUUUUCAAAUUUCUUAUACGAAGUGUUUUCUACUCACCGCACCUUCGGGAUUUUAAAAAUACUGACUCAGAACAAAAACAUAUAUGUAUAUACAUACAUAUCGCUGAAAAAAGUGCAAAAGAGAGAGAGAGAGAAAAAAAAGAAAACGUAAGUGAGAAAAAUAUGUCCAAUAGUGCGGUCUAAACGAAACAUUACAAUGCGUGCAAACGUUUCGGAGUAAACUUGAACAAAACGUUUACAAGAUUAAUCAUAACGUUUCUUUGGAGCAGUUAGCUGAGGAAUAGAAAAUUAUUAGAUCGGCAAUUCUGCAUAUUACAAGAUGUGGCGGGUCGCAGCGGUGGCGGUGGCCUGUCUCCUGGGGGGGGUGGGGGGCGCCGCGGCGGGCCACGACGGCGAGGGGAAAAUCACGUGGGCGGAGGUGCUAGGUGUCCCCGCUCCGCCCGUGGCGGAGUUCGAAUAUGAGUACGAUUACGAUGACGACGAAGGCACGGCGAAGAACGACGCCAGGGACGACUUCUUCGCCAACCACGACUACGAGUACGUGGACACCGCCGACCCGUCGUACAUGCCGCCGCCGCCUCCGCCGCCCGAGGAGGAGGAGGAGGGCGGGGAGAAGAGGGCCGAGCGGCGCACGCUGGACCUGCUGUACCACUGGUUCCUGAGCGACCCCAAGAAGCCGUCGCGCCCGUCGCUGAUCGAGGAGGUCUUCCGCACCAUCGACAACCACAUCAUCGAGGACCUGCGCGAGUGGAACGCCAACGCCUUCCCGCACCUGCCCAAGAAGCCCGCCAUUGGCGCCGCCCACGACCACGGCGCCCGCGCCACCAAGGGCACGCCCGCGGCUGCGGCUCAGGAGGACACGCUGCUGGUGACUGACGAGCAAGGGCGCGAACACGUGGUCACCAUCAACGACAUCGUGACGUCACUCGGCCACCUGGACGAACAGACGCUGACGGAGCUCCUGCUGGGCCCUCCCGUGCCCGCCGACAAGAGGUCCUCCGUGGCGCUCCCGUCGCCGCCCGCGCUGCCCCAGGGGACCAGCCUCGUGCCGGUGCUCGUGCCCAAGCCCAAGCCCGCCUUCGCCCUACAGGAGAAGCAGCAGCCCCUCCUCCUGCACGCUCUGGAGGCUGCGCCGGGGGAGCUGGCACGCCCGGUGCGCCACACCGGCCCCCCCACGGGCGCCCCCACAGGCCCUCCCAAGGCCGCGGCGGCGCUGCUGGCAGAACAAGGCGACGACGUGUACGUAGUGCAGGAUGAACAGGGCGCGGUGCAGGUGGUGACGCUGCAGGACAUCCUCGCGUCGCUCUCCGCCCUCGACUCCGGCAGCGUGAACCAGCUGCUCUUCGGCCAGGGCCAGGGGGUGGCGCCCCUGCUGCCCCUCCCCUCGGCCGUCGGCCAGGACGCAGCGGCCGCGGCGCCCGUGCCUCUUGCUGUCGUUCCGCCCAACGCCGCCAGCGCCGCCAACAGGCUGGUCAAACCAAGCGCUGCGACGACCCCUGCCCCCGUCCCCGCUCCCGCCCCCUCCUCGGCUCCCACGCCCCCUCCCCGGGCGCCCUCCGUCAGCACCGACUUCGACGGAAACCUCCACGUGCGGGCGCGGCCGGGCUCCGUCGCCGUCGACCUGCGCAGCCACGACUGGGCGGCGCGGGCGGCCGGCCACUCGAAGGGGCCGGCGGGGCCCGCGGAGGGGGGCUCUGAAGGAGGCGCUGAGGGCGGGCUCGUGCGGCGCGACGGCAACGGCGACAUCCACAUCAGCCCCGCGCCCGGACGCCCCUUCGCCCUCGACGUGCACAGCAUCAUCGCUCUCGCCGAGCAGGCCGAGCAGGAGGCGCAGGCUGAGGCGGGGAAGAGUGUCCCAAGCAAGAGCAACCAGAACCGCCUAGCGGGCAGCUCGGCCAAGGGCGGCGAGGAGCUGCCCAGCCGCGGCCAGGAGCUCCUGUCCUUCCUGGCGGGCGUGGACGCCCUGCCGACCGCCAUCCCGCCCAGCCCACCUCCCGCCCCCGUCCCCACGGUCGCCCCCGCCGUCAACAACCAACUGCUCCUGCAGGCCCUGGGGCGCCUCCAGCCUACAACCCCCGCCCCGGCCCCGAACCCCCCCGCUUCCGGGGGCCUUGGCGCCACGCUCACUGGCUUCCUGUCCCGGCUAGUGGGCGGCGGCGCGGAGCAGCCAGUGGCACCGCAGGUGGAGGCGGCAGUGGCACCUGAGCCUGCGCCGGCCCUCACGCCCCAGCAGGAGUACAUCCAGCUGGUCCUGCGGCAGCAGAAGCGCCACGCCGUGGAGGACGUGUUCGGCGACGUGGUGAUCCCUCUGCCGCAGCCCAUCCACCACCGCGCGUCGCCGCCGGCCCCCGCGGCGCCCGUGAAGCGCGAGGCGGUGGACAGCGGCGCCCAGGUGGAGUCGGCGGAGGAGGAGGAGCCUUCGACGCUGCUGGCCGGCCUGUCCCCGCGCGUCCUCAACACGCUGCGCCACCAGCUGCAGGAUGUGCCGCACUUCGUGCCGCCCACCCUCCGCCGCGCCGCCCACGCCGCAGCCCCCUCGACGCAACCCGCCGCGGACGCCAGGGCAGACGACGUGCCCGAUAACGAGAUCCAGAGGCUGGCGACGUCGCCCUUGGAGUCGCUCGCCUCCUAUGCCUCAUCCUUCGUCCCCUCCCCCUCUCCUUCCCCUUCCCCCUCCUCCUCUGUCCCGCAGCUGCUCUCGAAGCUACCCUCAGAAUCCCUGCGGAAGCUUCUCCUGCAGGCGCUGCAGAAAAAGAGCAGCGCCUUCGCCCCCGACCCGCCGGUCGUCCGCGCCCCACGCAUACCCGACAAACCCCAAGCCCGCAGCUCCUACGCCGAACUGCCCGACUAUAGCAGCAUCGGCGGGGGCUACGGGGGCGGCUACGCGUACGGCCACAGCGGCAGCAGCACGACGACGGCCGCCGACGAGAACCCGCUGUUCGACGUGUACUUCCUGGCCGACGCCACGUCCCUCUACAAGAUCGGCGACACCAACCUCUCCCUCAAGACGCCCAAGAUCGGCAGCCCUAAGAACUUCGUGGACACGCGCCACCCCUUCGGCUACCACUACGACGACCACCACCACCACGGCUACGGCCACCACCAGCAGGGCUACGGCUACCCUGCCACCUACGGCUACCACUAGGGCUACAGCAGUGUGGUGGUUCGGGAAAAUCCUAAGCCCUUUAUUUAUUUCCAUAGAUUUUAGGGGGAAAAAUAUAUACAUAUACAAUCUAGGCUGGUUACUAGAUUAUUUUUCCAUGUAUACUUGUAAUGUAGAGUUUCUUAAUAAAAUAUUUCAAAA